AUGCUGCGACGAAAUGACCUACUAUGUCUUGUGUAUUCACCUCUCGGGUGCCCGUUAGAAAAGUUUAAGAGCCCCCUUGAGCUGGUCACAGUGCUGAGCGACGCGAUUACAGCGCACCGAGCCCUUCUCCAGGAUGGACAGAUUUUGCAUAGAGAUAUCUCUGACGGUAACAUUAUCAUAUCCGAGAAAGAUCGACGGGGUAUACUCAUUGAUUUGGACGUAGCAAUAGACCUAUCAGAAGAAGAUCCAGACGAGAACGACCUCGUUGGCACCAAACACUGCAUGGCUAUUGGCCUACUCAAAGGCAACAUUGACAACUAUAGGUACGACCUGGAGUCGUUCUUGUAUGUCCUUGUUUGGACUAUAAGAGACUCUAUAGCAGGUUUGAGCAGUAGUAGGCUCAUGCGAUGGUGGAAGGGAGACUUUAAGGAGUGCGCGGCAGCCAAGCUGGAGGAUGUGACUACCGCAGGAUUCGAGCUGGUGCUGGCAGAAUGGACUACUAAAUUCGAGGCAGUGAAGCCAUUGGCGAGAAGAUUGCGAGAUGUGUUCUUUCGAGGUACUACGUUGGAGUCUAUUGUAUUUGAGGUGGAUAUGUCUAAAGCCGCGACAGAUGCCUUGUACGACGGCGUGCUUGGCGCGUUUGAAGAGUCAAUCGCAAGUCUACGGCUAAAUGGGAUGUAA